AUGGAACAAAUAGACAAUAAAUCUUUGGAUUUUAUCUUAUGUAUUGAAAAAUUAUUAUCAUCUAUAUCAACUGUACGUAAAUGUUUAUUGAGUCUUACUGAUAUAGAACAAAAUUCAUCAAUACAAAGUGAAGAAUCAAUUAAAAAACUUAAAGCUAUAAAAGAUACUAUUAUCAGUCUUACACCAGCCGUUGAGACAGUAGGUCAAUUGGGCCCAACAUCAACACUUGUCAAACAUCUGUCUAACGAAUAUAUAUGUCUGUGUAAUGAUUAUAAGAAACAUUAUAGUCUUAUAAUGGCAAAUACGGCUAUUUUUACAGAAUACAAACAAUUAAUAGAAGAUUUGUCUAAAUGGUUGUCAUCAACAAAUGCUAAUAUUCAAGAAGUCUCACAAUCAGUUGAUAAACAACAAAUAUUACUUAAUGUCAAAAAUAUUGAUGAAUUAAACAAGUAUGAAAUAUUAUUAGAACGUGCUAUUAUACUCAAUGAAACAAUGGCAGUAGAUUUACCAGAUAUACAAGCACAAGAAAUGAUUAAUGAAAUAAAUUAUAUCAAAGAACAAUGGGAAAUACUUAUUGAUAGAUUAAAUAUAUUUAAUGAAAGAAAUUCAUCGUCUGAAUCAGAUAAUUUAAUGAAUUCACAAAUUUCAAAUAGUUUGACAAUAGACAAUGAAAAUUUAGUUAAAUCUAUUGAAAAUGUAUUAACAGUAGGUACACAAUUAAUUAAUCAACAAGAAAAAAUCAAUGUUAAUACUAUAUCUGAUAAUGAACAACUUCUUUCUCAAAUAAAAAAAUGUGAAGAAGAAAUAAAUUGUUUAAAAAAUGUACUUGAUCAUACAACAACAACAACAGAUGAAAUUAGUCAUUCAUUAAUUGAUCAAUUAACAACAGUUGAUUCGUCUAUUACAAAAAUGCAUAUUCAAUUAGAAAAUUGCAUUGAACAACAACGUGGCUUUGUUAUAGAAUUAGAUUCAUUUAUUGACUGGUUAAAAAAAUUUACAGACGAAUCUAAAACAAUGGAUAAUCAAACAAUUCAAUUAGGUUUAGUUGAACGACAAGAACAUUUUAAUGAAUUAAUUAAAUGUAAUCAACAAAAUGAUUUCGAAAUAAAAGAAAAACUUCAAUAUUUAAUUGAUUUGUGGACUCACUUAUCAUCAAUGAUCACUGGCUCUCCGAACAUAGUGACUACGGAAUUGCCUUCAACUGUACCAUUGUUAUCAUCAUCAUCAUCAUGCAUAAUUGAAAAUCAACAUAGUAUAAUUGAACAAGCACAAAAUUUAUUAAAUACUAUUGUACAAUUAGGUAAUCGUCAAGAAAUUGAACAACAUAAAGAUCAAAUUCAAUCUUUUUUAACUUAUUAUAAAGAUUCACAAAUAUCUAAUUUAAAUUUAAUCUAUAAUGAACUUGCCAAUCGGCAAUUAAUAUUACAACAAAUGUUAAUCGAUACAUCUCGUAUAGAUCAUCUUCGUAUUAAUUUUGUUUCACAUUUUCAUACAGAAAAUAAUGCUCUAACAGCUAGUAAUGAAAUAAUAACAUUAAUUAAUAAUUAUCCAAUAGAAAUGACAAGUCAAAUUCGUCAAUGGUUAAAUGAACAACAAAAAAAUCAUCCAACAACAUCAUUAGAAUCAAAUAUUGAUGAUUUUGAAUUAUAUUUAAAAGAUUUAGAAGAAAAUUUACUUCAAUAUCAACAACAUGAUAAUAGUCAAAUGAAAUUAAAGAAACUUAUUCAACAAAUAGAAAAUCGACCAAAUUUACCAGAAAAUUUAACAAAUAAUAAUAAACAACGUGUAGAAUAUUUACAAAAAAAUUUUCUUAAAUUAAAAAAACAAAUUGAAGAUAUUCGUAAAAAUAAUUUACUUAUAAAAACAAAUAUUGAUAAUACUAUUAGUAAUAUUGAUAUAUUAAUAACAAGUAUACGAAAUAUUGAAGAACGUAUUCAAAAUAAUCUUAAACAACCAAUGCAUGAUUAUGAAAAACUGAUUCUUGAUUGUCAGCGUAUCAUAUGUGAACUUAAUCAAAAUCUUCGUACACAAAUUGAAGAAGCUAUCAAUAGUGGAAGACGUUUAUAUACACCAGAUAAUAAAGCUUCUCAUGGUGUUGAAAAUACUGACGAUAUAGGUGGUAGUUCAUCAUCACCAUUAAAAAAACAUUCUGAUUUAACAUUACGUAAAGUUCGUCGACAUGUUCUUCAAUUAACACAACAUUGGAAAAAUGCUAAUAAUAAUGUUCAAUAUCGUUUAAAUAUAUUAAAACGUACUCAAACGGCGGUCGAAGAAUUACGUCGCAAGUGUGAUCGAUUACAUGCACACUUGCUUGAAAUUGAACUUGCUUAUGCACAUAAACCACAAAUUAAAGCUUUAAAUAGCGAACAAAUACCAGCUGAAAUUGAACAGGCUAAGCAUCUAUUAGCAACAUUAAUGUCAUGUAAAACUUCUAUUGAUGAUAUUCAACAAACAGCACAAACUGUUGAAAAUGAAUAUGAUAUUCAUGUUAUUAAUCGAGCUCAAGAACUUAAUCAAAGAUGGGAACAUUCUGUAGGAUCAGUUUCACAACGAAUACAAUCAUUACAAGAUUCACUUAAACAUACAACAAGUGAUAUUUAUUCAAGUUCAGUAGAAUAUCCAUGGCAACGUGCAAUAGCUGUCAAUAAAAUACCGUAUUAUAUUAAUCAUUCAGAUCAAACAACUUCUUGGGAUCAUCCAAAAAUGUAUGAAUUAAUGCAUUCAUUUGCAAGUUUUAAUGAUAUACGAUUUUCUGCUUAUCGUACAGCAAUGAAACUUCGUACAUUACAAAAACGUCUUUGUCUUGAUUUAACAUCAUUAAAUAAUAUAAUAAAUGUAUUUAAUGAACAUGAAAUAAUUGAUUCAUUAAAUAAAACAAUUAAUAUAACAGAAAUACUUGAUUAUUUACAAAAAAUUUUUGAAAAAACAUCAAUUGAAUAUUCACAAUUAAUUAAUAUUAUAUGUACUGUAGAUUUAACAUUAAAUUGGUUAUUAAAUAUUUAUGAUAUAAAUCGAACUGGUUCAAUUCGUUUAUUAUCAAUGAAAAUGGCAUUAGCAUUACUUUGUCGUGGAAAUAUUGAAGAAAAAUAUCGAUAUAUAUUUUCUUUGGUUGCAUAUGAAAAAGAUGGUCGACAUGUUCUUGAUCGACAACGUUUAGCAAUUUUAUUUCAACAAACUAUUGUUAUUCCAAAACAACUUGGUGAAGUAGCAGCAUUUGGUGGAUCAAGUGUUGAACCAAGUGUUCAAAGUUGUUUUGGAUAUGCACAUGAUCCAGAUGUAAUAACAACUGAAGAUUUUCUUGAAUGGGUUAAACUUGAACCACAAUCACUUGUUUGGUUACCUGUUUUACAUCGUUUAGCAGCAAGUGAAAUAGCUAAACAUGAAGCACGUUGUAGUAUAUGUAAAAUAUAUCCUAUACUUGGAUUUCGUUAUCGUUCAUUAAGACAUUUUAAUUGUGAUAUAUGUCAAAAUUGUUUUUUUUCUGGUAAACAAACAAAAAUUUUUAAAAUGGCUGAUCCAUUACAAGAAUAUUAUACUGAAACAACAUCUUCUGAAGAUAUUCGAGAUUUUUUUCGUACAUUUAAAAAUAAAUUAUGGACUAAACAUCGAAAAAUUCCUAAACUUGGUUAUUUACCAUUACCACAUGUAUUUAAUAAUAUAUUAUCAACAAAUGAACAACAAAUUUUACCAUCAUCAAUAGUAGUUUCAUCAGUAAUUACACCUUCUAAACUUGACAAUGAAAUUACAACACAAACAAUAACACCAUCGAUGGACUCUGAUGAUGAACAUUGUAUUAUUGCACAACAUUGUAAAAAUUUGAGUAAUGCUUCGUAUAAAUCACCUGCUUAUGAAUCAUUACCUUGUUCAAUAUCACUUGAUAAUGAUGAACGAGCUGAAUUAGAAGCUAUAAUUCGUGAUCUUGAAGAUGAAAAUCAUCUUUUACAAAAUGAAUAUGAACGUCUUUGUCAAGAACAUCGAGAAAAAUCUUUAAUUAUAAAUGAACAUCAAGAACAAUUACAAUUAAAUGAUAAUUCUAUAGAAAUUUAUAAUGAUCGUAAAAUAUUACGUGAAGCAAAACAAUUACGACAACAUAAAAUUAAAUUAGAACAACGAAUGAAAAUUCUUGAAGAACAUAAUAAACAAUUAGAAAAACAAUUAAAACGUUCAAAACAAUUAUUAUUCAAAGAAUCUCCUGUACAAACUAUGCGUCGUUCACUUGAUCGAAAUAUUGAACGACAAUCAAAUUUAUUAACAAUCGAUAAUCUUUUUCAUAUGGCUGAUGAUAUUAAUCGUGCGAUAGGCGAUCUUGUUUCUGUAAUAACUGAGCCACAAACAACUACAUCUUCAAAUUAUUAUCAACAAAUUAUCACUUCAUAA